UGCCGACACUGUGGGAUGAAGGGGGGCGGGGAAUUGGAUUGCGCAUCCUCAGCCGUGACAGUCCGCGGGGAGGAGGGGAGAGGGGGGAGGAACGAGCUGGGCGGAGAGGGGUGGACGUCAGUGAGCCCAGGCAAGGGGCCCACCGUCCGCGCCCUUAGGAACACAUCGAACCUCCUCAGCUGAAGGUCCUGGGACUGACACCUGUCCCCGACACGGUGGCUGCAAACAAGGAGGUCGUGUGUGCGCGCACCCAGAAGGCAAACCAAACAAAAAUGAGAAAGUCAAAGAAACUGCGAGCGCGCCACAGGCUCUGGAAGUGACGGGGUUCAGGCGGGAGAGCUUCGCGGAGGAGAGCAUGCCUCCUGCCAAUGAUGCAACCCAGCAACUAUCACAGACUGGGACAAGCCUCUAUGCAGUGCUGGAACUAAAGAAGGGUGCCCAGCCUGAAGAGAUCAAAAAAGCCUACAGGAAACUGGCCUUGCAGUAUCAUCCGGACAAGAAUCCAGGGGACCCUCAAGCAGCAGAAUUCUUCAAAGAGAUCAACACAGCCCAUGCUGUACUCAGUGACCCCACAAAGAAGAAAAUCUAUGACCAGCAUGGCUCACUAGGACUAUACCUGUUUGACCACUUGGGUGAAGAUGGCGUCAGAUACUAUUUUAUAGGGAACAGUUGCUGGUUCAAGACACUUGUCAUCCUUUGUUGCCUGCUGACUUGUUGCUUCUGCUGCUGCUGCUGCUGCUGUUUCUGCUGUGGCAGCCUAGCUCCACCGCCUGAGGACACUGUCAGGAGGCAACAGGAAGCUUCCAAGAAUCAACAAACGAAUGUCCAUUCUCAGCCUACAAGAGUAGGAGGACAACGUCGAACUAAACUGGAAGAUGAAGACAGUUAUUGAGGAAAGGUGGAAAGGAAUGAGGUGCUGGCCCUGUGAGCGUGCCCUGCUAUUCAGCCCAUUGGACACAUUGAAGAGAGGAGCAAGUAGCCCUGCCCUGACAUUGACUGAUUGGAUUCCGCUUCUUAAAAACAAUCCCUGCAUCAGAAGCGACGGUGCCAUCCAUCCUAGGAGUGACAUCUUUGCCCUCUAUGGUGCCAGCGAGCCCAUCCCCACAGAACCUUCCAAACGCUCUUCUUUUUAGCUCUGGCUCUGCUCCCACCUUAUCCACAUGAGGUCUGGAGCCAUAGUGGCAAUUGUCCAGUGGGCACUUGUCAAGGUCAGGCAGGUUCCUGAGCGCGUAGUGAUAACCUCGCCGAGAUCCUGGUCGCCAAGCAAGGUGGCUCCCAUCCUGAGAGCUACUGGACCACUUACUUCCCCUUCAUUGCAACUUUGUGCACAAUGAACUAGUGUCGGCCUCAUUUCUUAGCAGCACGCCGUUGGGAGGCUGGUCCCUACAGCACUGGCAUGGACACGCCGUUCAUAAGACAGUGUGGGGGUGUGAGUACAUUUGAGGUCUGUGGCUUACCCUAGGCCCUGUGCACGCUAUCAGCCGUGGGCCUGUGGACAGGCUGCAGCCCAUACAGUAGUGCCUGCUGCCUCCAUCCUGCCAACCCCAUAUAACUUGUUUUUAACACGGGCACGAGAUGCAAUGUGAGCACAGUGUGCUGUAUGCUGAGGGGUUCACCUCUCCUCUUUGCGCUACUGUUGGCUUGGCAUCCUGUCUGUAUCCUCUUUGCCAUUUCUUCCUUACCUGUGUGGGCCUAGGAAGCCUCCAACCUCUGAGCCCUCACUGGAAGAAGGGCUAAUGCAUGUCAAUAAGGAAGGUUUGUCCAGUUCCAGUGUGUGUUGGAACCCAAAGGACAAGUUGUGUGUCCUUUGGGUUGGGACAGAGAAAAAGACCAGUGACUAUUGCUCAUGUCUGAUGAGGCCUGCAUGGCCAGUAGAGUCGAUGGGUCACUGUGGAGCGGGGGAUAAAGAUGCCCAGAGCCCAGUGGUGGUGACCUUGUCGGUGCCCCAAGAUUUCUCUGCAGUCUGAUUCACUGGUGUCCAAUAUAAAUUUAAGACAUGCGGAUUUUUUUCUAGCUAGACCUGUUUCUCACCUCUCUGUGUUUCUAUCUCUUUCUCUCUCUCUCUCUCUCUCUCUCUCUCUCUCUCUCUCUCUCCCUCCCUCCCCCCUCUUUUUCUCUAGCCCUGGCUGUCCUGGACUGUCUUUGUAGACCAGGGUAGUCAGUGCCUCUGUCUCUUGAGUGCUGGGAUUAAAAGCAUGUAUCACCA